CAAGAGGUGUAGUCUUUUGAAACAUACCAACUAUUGUAAUAAAUCCUAUAUAAAAACCUAACCUUAAGAAAAUCUUUUUCUGCUCAGCAUUUGCCACAAUCGCAUCAUAUAGCCAAGAGUCUCAGUUCACAUAGUCCUUAAAUAUCCAAUAAUGGCUGCAAGAGGGAGAUACCGACGAAUCUCGGACGUUGACCGAAAUCGCCUCAUCGAUGCCUUUGAGGCUGACGACGCUGACUAUCUGCAGGUAGCAGAUACGCUGGGCAUCAAGCACUCAACGGCCAGAUCAAUCGUUGGCGUAUAUCUUCGGGAUGGUCGUCGUAACAAGCUGCCGAAAGGAGGACCCAUAAACCAGAAGGUUGACGACGACAUGAGAGAUGCCCUUCAAGGAUAUCUAGAUGACAACCCCCUUCUAACUUUGCGUCAACUCAAUACUCAACUGCGAGCUGAUCUUCCCGAUAAGCCCUUCGUUACCACUAGUACCAUCGCUAGAACUCUAGAUGGUAUGCUUUUAACUCUUAAACUAGCGGAAGAUGUUCCAGAACAGCAUGAGCCACGCAUAUUAGUUGCACGAGUCAUAUUUGGAAAUUGGUUUCUUCAGGUUGGUGUCCUUGGCCACACUGUGUACAUUGACGAGACUGGGUAUAACUUAUGGACCCGUCGGUCUUAUGGUCGCGCUCCUCGUGGAGAGCCAGCAAGGCGUGUCGUCCAUGGCCAGAGAGGCAAGCAAGUCAACAUCACGUUUGCCAUUUCUGGUGAGGUUGGACAGAAUAUCAUCAGAGACUGUGACGAGAGCGACUUUUGAGGAUUUCUUAGCGACGACUGUACAAGAAUGCGGUAUGUUAUUCCCGGCAGGCGAACGCAUAUAUCUGAUAUAUGACAACGCUCGUCCUCAUAUCCGAGCCCAACUACCCCCUGAUGCCGGCAAUUUCACCAUCAAGUUGCUGCCCCCAUA